GGCAGCCACCCGGGGGGCGACCACUGAAACGGCCCCUGCGGCUGGAGCUGGAGAGGUGGAAGGGCUGAGAGAAGAAAGAACUAAUGAAAAUUGAAUUGGUCUGUACUUCCUGGAGUAAUUUGAAAUUGUGGUAUAGUUUGAACAUGGAAAUGAAUGGAAGAAGCCAUUUCUGGCCGUCAAGGUUUGGAGUAGAAGUGAAUGGAGAAAAGCCUGCGUCACAUAAGGGCCAGAAGGCGCGGAGGAAGGUGAACGUGUCAAACCUUUUACGCCAGAGAAAGCAAAAGAAAUUCUAAUGUCUUUACAACAACCUGCAGUCUUCUGUAACAUGGCUUUCGAUUGGCCAGCCCAACACUGGACUGCUAAACACCUUUCUGAAGUCCUUCCUGGCAAGCAGAUACGAUUCAGGAUGGGAAUGAAAAGAACAGAUACAGUUCCACAGUUUGAAACGACAUGUAAUUAUGUGGAAGCUACACUUGAAGAGUUCCUGACCUGGAACUGUGGCCAGCCUACUAUGUUUGGACCAUUUAGAGAUUAUGAUCAUUCCAAAUUCUGGGCUUAUGCCGACUACAAAUAUUUUGUCAGCCUAUUUGAUGACAAGGCAGAUAUUUUCCAGGAUGUGAUAUGGUCUGACUUCGGGUUUCCUGGAAGAAAUGGACGGGAAAGUACAUUGUGGAUCGGCUCCAUGGGGGCCCAUACACCCUGUCAUCUGGACUCCUAUGGUUGCAAUUUAGUAUUCCAGGUCCAAGGAAGGAAAAGAUGGCAUCUCUUUCCUCCUGAAGACACUCCUUUCCUUUAUCCAACUAGAAUCCCUUAUGAAGAAUCUAGUGUGUUCAGUAAAAUCAAUGUUGUCAAUCCUGAUUUAAAACGUUUUCCUCAGUUCCGCAAAGCUCGAAGACAUACGGUUACACUAAACCCAGGACAGGUUCUGUUUGUUCCCAGACACUGGUGGCAUUACGUAGAAUCCAUUGAUCCUGUCACUGUCAGUAUAAACUCAUGGAUUGAGCUGGAAGAGGACCACCAAGCCCGAGUAGAAGAGGCAAUCACACGCAUGCUUGUGUGUGCCCUGAAGACCGCAGAGGAUCCAACCAAUACCAGAGCUUGGUUAAACCCAACUGAGGUUGAGGAAACAUCCCACGAAGUCAAUUGUCGCUACUUAAAUAGAGCUGUUUCUGCCCUUUUUGAUCAUUACAGAACAUCUAAGGUCAUAGAAAUCCAAGCCCUGAGAACAAAUAGAGAGGACAUGAAACAGGAGGGCUUGAAUGUGCACAAUCGCAUGGCGGUGGAACAAACAGGUGGCCAGGACGUAAUCCUGGGAACAGGAAAAUGGGAGGCAGCAAGUCCCUUUGGCCCUGAUCUGGUUCCUGUAAUACUGAGUUCUGAAGAACUACCCUCAGAGAGAGGAGGCAUAUUUGAAGGUGAUGGUAAAGACUUUGUAGGCAAAGAUGGAGAACACUCUGGAAAACUGCAUUGUACCAAGAGGCAACGAAUGACGAGUAAAAGUGAGGAUGCAGUUGUGGAACAAAUUGCUUCAAAUAGUAGUAUGGCUCCUUCUCAAACAUUCAUUUCUACAGAUGACUUGCUGGACUGCUUGGUGAAUCCACAAGUAACCAGGAUAGUGGCACAACUUCUGAUACAAGGAAGAAGUUUGUAGUUCUAAGGAAAUGACUUUUAAAAUAAUACUUUAAAAAUAUUUUUAAGUAGUUUGAUCAUUAAAUAAAAAAAUGGCAGAGCACAAAGUUAAUUUGUAGGCCAGCGUGCUUGUAAAUGCACUUGUUCUUACCUAAUUGUGUUUCAGUCUCUUGCCACCUUCAUUCACGAACAUCGCUCUCCGAGCCAGCCGGCUCUUUGUUACUUGUUAGGCCUUCUUUCUUCAGUGACUUUGCCUUUCCUCUCGCAUCUGGUCCUUUUAGCUGAUCUCAAAUGUAAGCCCCAGGUGUUCUUAACAGAAAGUAAUACCUCUUCAGCAGUCUCAAGGCGAGGUCGGCCUGCUGCUUGUUUUUGUAAAUAAAGGUUUACUGGAGCACAGCCAUGCCAUUCAUUACAUAUUGCUGAUGGCAGCUUUAGAGUUACAGUGUCAGAGUUGAGCAGUGAACAAGCCAUUGUGGCCCACAAGACUGAAAAUACUGUCUAUCCCCUCAUAGAGAAAGUUUGCCAACCCCUGGCCAAAUGCAUCCAUUGGGUGGCUUCUAGUCUUGAUCCAAAGUGAUUGAUUACACCUAUGACACCUGCAGAAUUUUCACUGGCUAAUCCCUGUCACCCAGAGCAGGAUACCAAUCAGGAAAAAAGUCGGCAGGGUCCAAUAUAAGGCUUCAUUAUGGAAGGAACUGGGACAUCUAGGAACACUAGUCCUGGGAAGGAAAAGCACUGGAUGUUACUGGCUCCUGCAAUGGACUAAAGGUUUGGUCUAGUGGGAUUGAGCCUUCUCUCAUUACAUUUGCAAGAAGAUCUGGGGAUAAUUAUUACCAUUACUGUCUAACUAAGACUUUAGAAAUUAGGGCAUAUGGGUGGCUUAGUCAGUUAAGCAUCUGCCUUCAGCUCAGGUCAUGAUCCCACGUCCUGGGAUCGAGUCCUGAAUC